CUGACUCCGGAAGUUUGUGUGCUGUCUUCCGAACAGAACAACGCCAAGGAUUGUUGUUUGGCGCCUUUGCGAGGCCGGUAUUUUCUGAAAAAUUGCGUUAAAAUCGUUGCUGCAACUUAAAAGUGAAAAAUUGAAGACCAAAAUCGUAAAAUGGGAGAUAAAGGCGACGGAGAAACGUUCGACGAUGCGGUGGAGGAGCGCGUCAUCAACGAGGAGUACAAGAUUUGGAAGAAGAACACACCGUUCCUGUACGACCUGGUGAUGACACACGCUCUGGAGUGGCCGUCGCUGACCGCUCAGUGGCUGCCGGACGUGACCCGGCCGGAGGGCAAAGACUACUCGGUGCACAGAUUAAUCCUUGGUACACACACAUCAGAUGAACAGAACCAUCUCCUCAUAGCAAGUGUUCAGCUCCCCAACGAAGAUGCUCAGUUUGACGCCAGUCACUAUGAUAAUGAUAAAGGAGAAUUUGGAGGCUUUGGUUCAGUAUCAGGUAAAAUAGACAUAGAAAUCAAGAUCAACCACGAGGGUGAGGUGAACAGGGCGCGCUACAUGCCCCAGAACCCCUGCGUGAUAGCCACCAAGACCCCGUCCUCUGACGUGCUGGUGUUUGACUACACCAAGCACCCCUCCAAGCCUGAACCUUCAGGAGAAUGCCAUCCAGACCUUAGAUUGCGCGGGCACCAAAAAGAAGGCUAUGGAUUGUCAUGGAACCCUAUACUUAAUGGAUAUCUCCUCUCUGCUAGUGACGACCACACAAUCUGCCUGUGGGACAUCAACGCCACCCCGAAGGAGGGGCGCGUGAUCGAGGCCAAGUCCGUGUUCACCGGGCACACGGCCGUGGUGGAGGACGUGGCGUGGCACCUGCUGCACGAGUCACUGUUCGGCUCCGUCGCCGACGACCAGAAGCUCAUGAUUUGGGACACCAGGUUAUUAUCGAACAACACGUCGAAGCCCUCGCACACGGUGGACGCGCACACGGCCGAGGUGAACUGUCUCAGCUUCAACCCCUACUCAGAGUUCAUCCUGGCCACCGGCAGCGCUGACAAAACGGUGGCGUUGUGGGACCUCCGUAACCUGAAACUCAAGCUGCACUCGUUUGAGUCGCACAAGGACGAGAUCUUCCAGGUGCAGUGGUCGCCGCACAACGAGACCAUCCUCGCCUCCAGCGGCACCGAUCGCAGGCUGCACGUAUGGGACCUGUCGAAGAUCGGCGAGGAGCAGACGGCAGACGACGCGGAGGACGGGCCGCCCGAGCUGCUGUUCAUCCACGGCGGCCACACCGCCAAGAUCUCCGACUUCUCCUGGAACCCCAACGAGCCCUGGGUCAUCUGCUCCGUGUCCGAGGACAACAUCAUGCAGGUAUGGCAGAUGGCGGAGAACAUCUACAACGACGAGGAGCCGGAGACGCCCGCCUCCGAGCUCGAGUCCGGCGUCAACGUCAACCACGGAUAAUCUACACGUCCCACUAGUCGCGAUGUGUACCUUAUCGCAACCAGAUAAGGUACAUUUUUGGUUUCAAUGUGUCUUCUGCGGCGCGACUUUGUGAACCUACUGGACCACUCAAACUGUCAUUUGUCAAUAGAAAAUUGCGUGUUGCACUGACUGCCGUCAUGCGUAGUAGAAAAUGCCCAGCGGCCUGUUACAUAAACAUUAACAAUUCAUAAUACAAGGAAAAUUCUAGUAUUAUAAGUUGGAAAUCGUUAUACAACAGAUUUUGGAUGUACAGUGGCGUUCAAAAGUACAUGGAUACAUGUCGACCGUAAUGCCUUAAUAUUACGAUUGAAACAUCUCCAUGCACUUUUGAACGCCAGUGCACCUAGUACCUACGCCACUGUACAUUUAGUUCUACAUGUUUGAAAACAAAUGGUCAGAGGAUGAUGAUAAGUAAGGAGAGAUAGUGUGUGAGACUGAUGGAAGUAUAAUUUUGGAUAAGAUAGUUGGUUAAAUAUUUGACCAGUGGCAUCUCCAUUGUCACUUUUUAUGCCAAGUUGUUCUGUUGAUACUGAAAGUUUAAUUUUCUUGUUUCAAUAAAAUAAUUUGCUGUCGAGAAGGGACAAGCAAAUAGUUCACAACGUCGUGCUAGCAAACUUAAAAGCCCGCAACAUACUUCGCUAUUGUACGCUAAUGUCUCAUUUCGUUUGCGGUAUUAACAAAAGAAAAGAAACUAUAAGUGCAGUGCUAGUUCUAUGUUACGAAGACAUGAAAGGACACAUACUGGCGAAAAGCCUUUUCAGUGUAGCUACUGUGAUUACAAAUUCAGUCAGAAGUCACACUUACAAUGACACCCGAUGAUACAUACUGGGGCGAAGCCAAUUCGGUGUAGCCACUGUGAUUACAAAUGCAGUCAGAAGUCACAAAUACACCUGACGAUACAUACUGGGGUGAAGCCAUUUC